AUGUCAGAAGAGACAGUCUUCCAUAUGGUGACAAAGGACAUGCCAUCUGCAUAUGUGGUUCAGCAUGCAGAUGAGCAGAACACAGCUGAAAAUACCACUGCAAGUGAGAAAAAGGGCAGCUUUAUGCAUUUGCUUGAAAAGUUGGGCCUAAGUGGUUCUUAUCCCAAAAUGAUGACGAAAAAGGAUGUUCUUGUUAUAAACAGUUUAUCUCGGAGUAUAAAUCAGCCUACCACAGAGAAGGAAUUGAGCAACCUUUAUCUCUAUAAACUCAUGACAUUAGACUACCAAGCCAGAUAUCUGCGUGUGGAACCUGAGGCAGGUAGCAUGUCUUUAAAUGAUGGUGGAGUAAUUGCUGAGGAUGAGGAUUUUUUUGAUUGUGGUGAUUCAACUGUCCAAAAUGUGUGCAGCAAACUGAAACAAAUUCAUCCAAUGGAUAUUCACAUGGCCAUAUUCCACUGCUCGAGUGACUUUUUGCGUGAGUAUGUUUUUGCUAAACUCUCUGCUUGUCAGUUUAGCCUGCCCAUCUUAGUUCCCAACCCCUGUACAGAAGAGCUGGAAUUUCCUUCCUGGGCGUUGCAGAACAUUCGGAAAUCCUGGCAAAGCAAAAAUGGAUCUGGAAAGUACAAUAACAUUAAAAUGUUCGAUAUUCCAGUACCAAUUGUUUCCUUCAUUAGAUUAGGAUCAUCAGAUUUCAACUCCAAGUCCCAGAUAUUGAAUGCUGUCAUUUGUAAUCAGAGGCACAAUGUUUUUUUCCACCGUCACUGCCGGGACAGGACUUCAAACAGCUUGCUCAUGAACGGAGUUGUGGAAAUUGCAUGGUACUGUCCUGGAGGGAAGAAAAAUGACAUAUUCGAUGACUGUGUGGCCUUUCUAAACCUCCAUGGUGAUGCAGCAGAGCAUCCAAAACAACUAGAGUUUCUUCGGGCAGUGAGUACUGUCAAUGUGCUUCUGCUUUCAGAGCAUGAUAUGAGUGAAGCUGCAAAAAAUAUUUCCCAGGAACUUUACCAGUCUCCUGUCCCCUUGAUCUGUCUCUUCUCAGGGAAGGAACACAUUCAGCAGCCAACAAAACCUAGAACGGUGAGAAUAGCUGCAAAGAACAGGAAUCAAGCUGAGUUAACAGAUGAACUGACUUCACAAAUCAAACGGUGCAUCUGUUUAAAUAAACAGACUAAAAGCCUUGAAGGCUGCAGUACAGCAGCAAAAGAACUACAGUUCAAAGUCGAUGAAGAUAAUAAAUCAUGUCAGGAUGCUUAUUCACAAGCUAAGAAGUUAACCUGCCUUUUGAAGAAGGGAAAUGUGCCUACUCUCAAGGAGAGGUUGCUGCCUUUGCAAGGUGAACUGUGGCGUGAUUGGUGCAUAAAAGACAAAGAUCAGUAUCGCCUGCAAGUCAAAGAAAAGGAAAGCCUUGAACAGCAGUUGAGUAGAAUAUCAGAUGAGAUGACAAGUAUUCGUUUGAGACAACUGGAAACUCCCCUCAGCGAAUUCAUGAGAUUGUUCUUGGAAUGCUUAACAUCAGUUAAUGAAGACACAAUUUUGUACAGGUUGCAGUGGCUCAGAAUCCUACUGGAUGACAUUAGCACUGAAGCACUUGCAGAACUUGACAAGAACUAUCUCGCAACCUGGAGAAAAAUUAGAGAAGUAAAAAAGGAUAAGGAAAAAGCAACACAUGUACAUCAAAUGGAAUCAGAACUCAGCAGCAUAUGUGACAAAAUGGCCACUACAACAGUUGGCCUUCAGCAUCUAAUGAGAGAGGUUGGCCAACUCUAUGAGGCCAAUCAAAUGACAGCAAAAGGAAAAGAAAACACUAAACAAUAUUCCAGCUCUCUUCCAGAUAUAGGAGUUAAAAUGCUUCUUUCUGGAUAUCCACUUGAACUAAUGGAUGGAGACACUGCCCAUGUGCCUGUUAAGUGGAUUGAGGCUGUUCUGGAAAAACUCACUGAAACAUGUGGUGACAAAAAGUUAUUUGUUCUGUCCAUUCUAGGGCUUCAAAGUUCUGGGAAAUCCACACUGCUGAACACCAUGUUUGGUGUUCAGUUUUCUGUGAGCGCAGGAAGGUGCACCCGUGGAGCCUUCAUGCAGCUCAUACCAGUGGACUCCAGCAUCAGCGAUCAACUUGGAUAUGACUUUGUCCUCAUUGUGGACACAGAGGGUCUCCGAUCACCAGAGCUCAGUACAAAGAUAUCAGUGAACCAUGACAAUGAGCUUGCCACUUUCAUCAUUGGAAUUGGUGACAUAACUGUAAUUAACAUUAUGGGGGAAAACCCAUCCGAAAUGCAGGACAUUCUUCAGAUUUGUGUGCAGGCUUUCCUGCGGAUGAAACUGGUCAAAAUUACACCAAGUUGCAUUUUUGUACAUCAGAAUGUUGCCGAUGAAUCGGCUGGAGAAAAGAACAUGGAAGGGAGAAGACGUCUCCUGCAGAAACUUGAUAAUAUGGCUACCAUAGCAGCAAAGGGAGAGAACAUUGAUGGCAUUAAUGAAUUCAGUGAUGUAAUACAGUUUGACAUUGAAUCCCAAGUGUUCUACUUCAAGAAUCUUCUGGAGGGGGAUCCUCCCAUGGCCCCACCAAACCCUUCCUACAGUCAGAAUGUGCAAGAACUGAAGACCAAGCUGCUAACAAUUGCAGAGUGGAAAACAAAGCAUACAUUUUCCUCAUUUUCAGAAUUCAAAUCACGGGUUGGUGACCUUUGGAAAGCACUUUUACAAGAGAACUUUGUUUUCAGUUUUAGAAACACAGUUGAAAUGAUGGUGUACACUUCUCUGGAAGAAAAGUAUGCAGCGUGGACAUGGGAGCUGAGAAAAUAUGCUCUGGAGAUGCAGAGCAAACUGUGCAACCAAAUUGGCAGCAAUUUGAUUCAGGAUGUGAAUGUACCAGACCUGAUGGAAGAUUUUAACAAUAAAGUCUACAAUCAACUGCAACAGGAGAUACAGAAGUAUUUCACAGAAGACAAACAUAGAGAAACUCUAAUAACAUGGAGGGCAAACAUUGACAAACGUUUCAGCAACCUAAGAACUGAGCUCAUUGAUGGGACAGUAAAGAAAUGCAAAGAACUGGUUAUCUUCAAGAAAAACAUAUCAGCACUAGACCAGAAAAAAACUGAAUAUACAGCACAGUUAACCAAGCAGAGCAAAACCAUAGCAUCCAAUCUAAAAACACAACGCCUUGAUGACAUGCAGGUGACUAAAGAAUUUGACAAACUCUGGCAGAACUGGACAGCUGAAGUGGACAAAGCAUACAUCCCCGAUGAGUUUGUGAAUGUAAAAGCUGUAGUGGAGACAAUCCUCCUUAAACACUUUGAAAAACAGCCAAAUGUCUUUCAGAAAAUAAAUGGUGAAACAGGAAAGUUUGAGUUUGACAAGAAAAUACAUGUUUCUAAAAUUAAGUGGAUAACAUCAUUGAGGCAGGAUGUCUCUGAACCAGUUCUACAAGACGUGAAUUAUGCGGUCACAAAAUAUGUUACUGCAAAAGAAAAGAGCAAGGAAGAUUUUAAUGAAAGCUUCAUCUAUGAGAUAUUAAAAACUAUUGAGAUGACCAUUGCUGAAUUUGAGCACUCCACAGCCGCCCAGCGAACAGGGGUAGAGGCGGAGAUUCUGGAGGUGGCAGCAGUGAAGGGGAGGAAGAAAAAAGGCUCCAGCCAUCAUUGUGGCAGAGAUAAGAAGGGGCGAGCCACAGCACCUGAGCAGCAGCAGUCUGCAGCCGCCGCAUCUGAGCAGCGACAAUCCACAGUUUGCGCACCUGAGCAGCAGCAGUCCGCAGCCGCCAACCCCGAGCAGCUGCCAGCAGUCACCACACCUCAGGAAGGGCACAAACUGCUUGCUGGAUUGGCUGCCGGCGCCCACCUGAACCUGCUUGCACUGAUGAGCAUGCAGGCUUUUAAAGACCAGCACAACCCAAGGAAUGGCAGAGUUGCUGGGGCUUCCGUCGCAGCUACGCCGGACGACUCUACACCCCGGGAAGAGACUAGUAAAGGAUACAGAGUAAUCGGGAUUCCUGUAGACCAUGUGGCAGGGGGCAACCGCAGGAACAGCCGAGAACUUAAUCUGGAGAAGAGUGGAGUGCUACCGCAUUGGGAGGGAAGCCUUCUCCCGCACACCCUUGGAACCGGAGGAUCACUAGCCGGCGGCCGGAGCAAGGAACCGGACCCGGAUCGGGCUGACCACGCCCUGUCCCCUCCUUAA